CUGGGCAUGAAAGAAUAACACUGAUGGAAGGCUGCUGUGGCAUCAAAGGUUGCCCGUGCUGAUGAGUAUGUGCAAGCCAGGAAGGUGGAAUCAACCCUGGACCAGAUGAAAACCUUCUCAGAGCAUGGAUGGAGACUGGGCCAACCCUGGCACAUGGAAAUGGACCUGUGCAGCUUAAAAGUCAGGCACAACACAGCAGCAGCAGCAGCAGGGAGAGGAGGAUUUGUCCCAGUGAAUACACAACUGUAUGAGGAUAUCUCAGCAGGCAGCCCCCAAGCUCCAGCAGGACCCAAGGAUCCAGGAUCCAGCACAAUGCAGUGGCCCGAGAAAGGAUUUUUGUGGGUCAGCUGGAUGUGUUCCCUGCUUCAUACUGAGGCUCUGAGAUGGACCCGAGGUUUACACUUCAAGUUCUGGGAACAGAAAGUAAUCAGAAGUUUUUCCAGCUAUCUAAAGCACAGACCCACGGAACCAAUUUUAAUUAGAAAGCCUAGUGGGAAAAGCUCUGCAGGAGCUCCAGUCACAGUUGGCCAGGCCCCUGGCUGGGUGAGCUGGGACCUGGCUGAGGGCAGGACCUGCUUGCAAGGAGAGGCUGCCAAGAUUGUGCUGAGAGUGCUGCAGGCCAGGUGCUGGCUGUGCUCAGCACUGUGGGAUAGCCUGGCUGUGGUUCUGUACCAGCUGGAGCGUGUGGAAUCCGUGUUGACCGACGCCUGCACGGCUUCAUCCUUGUUUCUGGCUGUGAGCUGUGUCAUGUGCCUUCUCCCAAACACCUCGCUGCUGUCACAGCUCAGUGUUUGCCAUAUGUCACAGCCCCGUGCCUGA